UUGAUAAUUGAAUUCAGUAUUUACCAAACCGCCAUGAAGUUAAGAUUACUUCUCGUAAUUUUCUUUUUCAGCUUUGUAAAUUUAGAAAUAGCUCGAUUUGAUAAUUAUCGAGUUUAUAGCAUUGAAAUUGAAAAUGAAAUACAAUCGCAAGUUCUACAGGAAUUAGAAGCUACCAGCGACUCUUAUUUGUUCUGGGACUCAACUCAAAAAAUUCAUCAAAAAGUUGAUGUUGUGGUUCCGCCUCAUAAAUUUGCAGAUUUUCAUGAAAUUAUCAAGAAAUUUUCAUUCAAAUUAGAGUUAAAAAUCGAUAAUCUUCAAAGAUUCAUUGAUGACCAACAACCAAAACGUCAACGAAAGGAAGAAGGUGACAUGAAUUGGGAUGAUUAUCAGAGCCUCGAGACGAUCUAUGAAUGGAUUGGUUUUCUUCAAAGAGAUUUCCCAGAGUUUAUUACUGUUGAAGACAUUGGAUUAAGUUAUGAAGGCCGCACAAUAAAAGUUGUUAAGUUAUCAAAAAAACAGAAUAACCGAGCAAUAUUUAUCGAAGCACAAAUCCACGCACGGGAAUGGAUAGCUGGGGCUACUGCAACUUAUGUUCUCAAUGAGUUUCUUUAUUCAAAUGACCCUGAAGUUCAGGAUAUUGCAUUGAAUGUCGACUGGUACAUUAUACCAAUAAUGAAUCCCGAUGGUUAUGAAUACACCCGAACAAGCAAUAGAAAUUGGAGAAAAACGAGAUCACCAGUGUCAUUGACUUGCGACGGUGUCGAUGGAAACAGAAACUUUGCCUUUAACUUUUUAACAGCAGAUGAAACUGGAAAUUUGGGAGCUUCAAAAAUUCCUUGCAGUGACACUUAUGCUGGUCCGUCGGCAUUCAGUGAACCUGAAACUUUAGCACUAGAAACGUACAUUGCAUCGAUAAGAGAAAAGUUUGAUGUUUAUCUCUCAUUUCAUUCAUAUGGUCAUUUAAUUCUUUAUCCAUUUGGUCACACAAUUUAUAAUAUCACUGAUUAUGAAAUGCUUCAAGAUAUUGGAGAUGCUAUGGCUGCUAAAACUUAUCUUAUUGACGAGAUUCAAUAUACUGUUGGCAAUUGGAACAAAGUCUUAUAUCCAUCAUCGGGUCCAAGUAUCGACCACAUGUAUGGUCAACACAACAUUCCCAUCGCCUACACAAUAGAAAUGAGAGGAAAUGGCCCUUACGGCAAUUACGGAUUCUUUCUACCAAGCAACUUUAUUAGUGUAAAUGCAAUGGAAGUGUUGAAUGGACUGAUUGGACUUGUUUCAAAAGCUCAAAUUAUUUUAUUAAUAUUUUCGUUCACAAUUGGGUCAUGUGAAAAGGCACGAUUUGAUAAUUAUCGAGUGUACAGCAUCAACAUUGACAAUAAUGUUCAGCUCAGUGUUUUAAAAGAAAUAGAGCAAACAAGUGACUCGUACAGUUUUUGGGAUUCACCCACUCAUGUUGGAGAAAAUGUUGAAAUUGUGGUUCCACCUCAUCAAUUUGCACAUUAUGACGAAAUUAUCAACAAAUUCACAUUUCGAACAAUUUUAAUUCAUGAGAAUUUACAAGAAGUUAUGGAUAAAACACAACCAAAACGUCAACGAAAGGAAGAAGGUGACAUGAAUUGGGAUGAUUAUCAGAGCCUCGAGACGAUCUAUGAAUGGAUUGGUUUUCUUCAAAGAGAUUUCCCAGAGUUUAUUACUGUUGAAGACAUUGGAUUAAGUUAUGAAGGUCGCACAAUAAAAGUUGUUAAGUUAUCAAAAAAACAGAAUAACCGAGCAAUAUUUAUCGAAGCACAAAUCCACGCACGGGAAUGGAUAGCUGGGGCUACUGCAACUUACAUUCUCAAUGAGUUUCUUUAUUCAAAUGACCCUGAAAUUCAGGAUAUAGCAUUGAAUGUCGACUGGUACAUUAUACCAAUAAUGAAUCCCGAUGGUUAUGAAUACACUCGAACAAGCAAUAGAAAUUGGAGAAAAACGAGAUCACCAGUGUCAUUGACUUGCGACGGUGUCGAUGGAAACAGAAACUUUGCCUUUAACUUUUUAACAGCAGAUGAAACUGGAGAUUUGGGAGCUUCAAAAAUUCCUUGCAGUGACACUUAUGCUGGUCCCUCGGCUUUCUCUGAACCUGAAACCACAGCAGUUGAAAACUAUUUCAGUCAAGUUCAUGACCAAUUUGAUAUUUAUCUUGCAUUCCAUUCCUAUGCCCAUGUUCUCCUUUAUCCCUUUGGAAACACACUUGAGCCAGUACCUAACGUUGAAAUGAUUCAAGAUAUUGGCGAUGCAGCUGCUGCUAGACUUUAUUCAGUUCACUCAACUAUUUAUGAUGUUGGCAAUUCAAAACGUAUAUUAUAAGUUUUUGCUUACAGAUUCAUUGAUGACCAACAACCAAAACGUCAACGAAAGGAAGAAGGUGACAUGAAUUGGGAUGAUUAUCAGAGCCUCGAGACGAUCUAUGAAUGGAUUGGUUUUCUUCAAAGAGAUUUCCCAGAGUUUAUUACUGUUGAAGACAUUGGAUUAAGUUAUGAAGGUCGCACAAUAAAAGUUGUUAAGUUAUCAAAAAAACAGAAUAACCGAGCAAUAUUUAUCGAAGCACAAAUCCACGCACGGGAAUGGAUAGCUGGGGCUACUGCAACUUAUGUUCUCAAUGAGUUUCUUUAUUCAAAUGACCCUGAAAUUCAGGAUAUUGCAUUGAAUGUUGACUGGUACAUCAUCCCUAUCACAAAUCCCGAUGGUUAUGAAUACACCCGAACAAGCAAUAGAAAUUGGAGAAAAACGAGAUCACCAGUGUCAUUGACUUGCGACGGUGUCGAUGGAAACAGAAACUUUGCUUAUAACUUUUUAACAGCAGAUGAAACUGGAAAUUUGGGAGCUUCAAAAAUUCCUUGCAGUGACACUUAUGCUGGUCCGUCGGCAUUCAGUGAACCUGAAACUUUAGCACUAGAAACGUACAUUGCAUCGAUAAGAGAAAAGUUUGAUGUUUAUCUCUCAUUUCAUUCAUAUGGUCAUUUAAUUCUUUAUCCAUUUGGUCACACAAUUUAUAAUGUCACUGAUUAUGAAAUGCUUCAAGAUAUUGGAGAUGCUAUGGCUGCUAAAACUUAUCUUAUUGACGAGAUUCAAUAUACUGUUGGCAAUUGGAACAAAGUCUUAUAUCCAUCAUCGGGUCCAAGUAUCGACCACAUGUAUGGUCAACACAACAUUCCCAUCGCCUACACAAUAGAAAUGAGAGGAAAUGGCCCUUACGGCAAUUACGGAUUCUUUCUACCAAGCAACUUUAUUAGUGUAAAUGCAAUGGAAGUGUUGAAUGGACUGAUUGGACUUGUUUCAAAAGCUCGUGAAUAUGGUUUUUGGGAUUCACCCACUCAUGUUGGAGAAAAUGUUGAAAUUGUGGUUCCACCUCAUCAAUUUGCACAUUAUGACGAAAUUAUCAACAAAUUCACAUUUCGAACAAUUUUAAUUCAUGAGAAUUUACAAGAAGUUAUGGAUAAAACACAGCCAAGACGUCAACGAAAGGAAGAAGGUGACAUGAAUUGGGAUGAUUAUCAGAGCCUCGAGACGAUCUAUGAAUGGAUUGGUUUUCUUCAAAGAGAUUUCCCAGAGUUUAUUACUGUUGAAGACAUUGGAUUAAGUUAUGAAGGUCGCACAAUAAAAGUUGUUAAGUUAUCAAAAAAACAGAAUAACCGAGCAAUAUUUAUCGAAGCACAAAUCCACGCACGGGAAUGGAUAGCUGGGGCUACUGCAACUUACAUUCUCAAUGAGUUUCUUUAUUCAAAUGACCCAGAAGUUCAGGAUAUUGCAUUGAAUGUCGACUGGUACAUUAUACCAAUAAUGAAUCCCGAUGGUUAUGAAUACACUCGAACAAGCAAUAGAAAUUGGAGAAAAACGAGAUCACCAGUGUCAUUGACUUGCGACGGUGUCGAUGGAAACAGAAACUUUGCCUUUAACUUUUUAACAGCAGAUGAAACUGGAGAUUUGGGAGCUUCAAAAAUUCCUUGCAGUGACACUUAUGCUGGUCCCUCGGCUUUCUCUGAACCUGAAACCACAGCAGUUGAAAACUAUUUCAGUCAAGUUCAUGACCAAUUUGAUAUUUAUCUUGCAUUCCAUUCCUAUGCCCAUGUUCUCCUUUAUCCCUUUGGAAACACACUUGAGCCAGUACCUAACGUUGAAAUGAUUCAAGAUAUUGGCGAUGCAGCUGCUGCUAGACUUUAUUCAGUUCACUCAACUAUUUAUGAUGUUGGCAAUUCAAAACGUAUAUUAUAUGCAACAUCAGGAACAAGUGUUGAUCACUUCUUCGGCAAAUACGACAUUCCAGUAGGCUUCACGUAUGAGAUGAGAGGAAAUGGCGACUAUGGUAGAUACGGAUUCUUCUUACCUCCAGAAUUUAUCAUCCCAAAUGCUGAUGAAGUUAUGCAAUCAUUGAUUGGAAUGGUUCAAAAGUCACGUGAGUUUGGACUGUUACAAGUUACACCAUGAGAAUUUAUUUGUUAAAAUAAAUUGUUUGCUUAUUACAAUUGCAAUAAAUAAGUAUUGUUCAAAACAUAAAUAAAACAUUAACACUUAAUUGAAAGA